UCAGGAUCUCGUUCCUUCAUUCAAUUACAGCAGUCACGCUGCAUGGCAGACGAGUCUUCCUGCAUUAAGUGAAGAUUCUAUGGCCAGCCACACACUGUUGCUGUACUAGUCAACUUGUUGUGGCCAUACCACUCCAGGUACAUCAUGGGUGACGCAGACCAGAUGCACUUCACUGCAGUGGACUAUGCUAUCUUCGUACUACUCCUCGUAGCUUCAGCGGGCAUUGGCCUGUUCCAUGCAUUUUCAGGGGGCCGACAGAGAAGCACACGUGAGUUCCUGCUGGCUGACCGCAGCAUGAGCUGCCUACCUGUGUCACUGUCCCUACUUGCCACUUUCCAGUCGGCUGUAGCCAUCUUGGGUGCGCCGGCUGAAAUCUACGCUUAUGGCACGCAGUACUGGUUCCUGGGCUGCUCUUACUUCCUGGGCCUGCUCAUUCCGGCACACAUCUUCAUUCCUGUUUUCUACCGUCUGCGUCUUUCCAGCGCCUACCAGUAUCUAGAGCUUCGCUUCAAUAAAACUGUACAGAUCUGUGGCACUGUGACCUUCAUCUUUCAAAUGGUAAUCUACAUGGGAGUGGUGCUGUAUGCUCCUGCACUUGCACUGAAUGCAGUAACUGGUUUUGACCUCUGGGGGGCUGUUCUAGCAAUGGGGCUCGUGUGCACACUCUAUACAACGCUGGGUGGCCUGAAAGCAGUCAUUUGGACAGAUGUGUUCCAGACAAUUGUUAUGUUUGCUGGGCAACUGGCUGUAAUCGUGGUGGGCACCCACCAGGCAGGUGGCAUAGCCGAGGUGUGGAAGAAAGCCCAGAACAGCAGCCGCAUCUCAGGCAUUGAGCUGAACCCUGACCCCCUGGAGAGGCACACAUUUUGGACAUUGUCUGUUGGGGGCAUCUUCCUCAUGCUGGCACUCUAUGGAGUGAACCAGGCUCAGGUCCAGAGAUACCUCAGCUCCCGCUCUGAAAGAGAGGCCAUCAUGUCCUGCUAUGUGGUGUUUCCAUGCCAGCAGAUAGUCCUGGCACUGGGUUGUCUCAUGGGGCUGGUAAUGUUUGCUCGCUAUGGUGAAGACAGUCCUUUGGACAAGGGCUUUGUCCAGACCAAUGACCAGAUGGUGUUGUAUUUUGUUAUGGAUGUGCUCAGAGACCUUCCUGGUUUGCCUGGACUGUUUGUUGCUUGUCUUUUCAGUGGAGCUCUCAGCACAAUUUCAUCUGCCUUCAACUCCCUGGCGACGGUUACCAUGGAAGAUCUGAUUAAGCCCUUUUAUCCUGGCAUGACCGAGGCCCGUGCCACGCUGCUAUCCAAAGGCCUUGCUCUUGGAUAUGGAUUGGUGUGUCUAGCUAUGGCUUACAUCGCUUCUCUAAUGGGCUCUGUGCUACAGGCAGCACUCAGUAUUUUUGGGAUGGUUGGUGGGCCUCUGCUUGGCUUAUUCUGUCUAGGCAUGUUCUUUCCCUGUGCCAACUCUGUUGGAGCAGUGACUGGCUUGGUGGCAGGACUGAUUAUGGCUUUCUGGAUCGGCAUUGGCAGCUUUGUUUCCCGUAUGAAAGCACCUGGAACACCCAUCUUUAACGCCACGAUCGUUCAUGACACAGGCAACACAACUGCCAUCAUGGCUACUGUCAUCACCUCUAUUACAGCAAAACCCAGGCCCACUGGACUGCAGGCUCUCUAUUCGUUGUCCUACAUGUGGUACAGUGCUCACAACUCAACCACAGUUGUAGUGGUAGGACUGUUGGUGAGCCUUCUCACCGGACCCUGGAAGGAGAAGGAUUUGACCCCGGGUACUGUUUACCCCGUGUUGGGAAUGCUGCUUUUCUUUCUACCUGAGCGCUAUAAAGAGAAGCUGUGCUGUGUUACUCCUCUGGACCACAAGUCCGAGGCUCUGGACAGGCAGCCAUAUAAAAAUGGAAAGAAAGAGAACGGCAUUGUCCAAAUUCAAGAUGAAGACAAGAAUGAACGGGAGGAGUCCAAAAACUCACAGGUUUCUUGCAAGCUGGUGAAUGUUGAGCAGGAGACUGCUUUGUGAUUUUCUCUAAAUCCAUUACAUAACAUGUUCAAGGCCAUAUUUAUUGUAUUAUAAACCAAGAGGGGAAAUGACUGAUGAUGUCAAAAAAGGUCAGUUUCUAUAGAUGUUCACUGUUCAGAUCAUACUUUUGCACAGUCUGCUGUUAUGUUAUAAUGAUAAGGCAGUGUUGACAAAUAUAGCACUAAAUUCAUGAACAGAGAUGUGUGAAAUGUACAAUUCAAUUUCUAUAUACUUUACUGUGCAAAAGUCUUAAGCACAUGCAAAGAAAUGCUCUAGAGCAAAGAUAACUUCAAAAAUAAUGAAAUUAAAUGUUUCUCUAUUUAAAAAAAAAAUACUAUAAAGAGUAGGAAACAGUAAUAAAUGAAACGAAGGCAAUGUUUGGUGUGAUGACCCUUUGCUUAAAAAAAAAAUAGUCUCUGGUAGAAUUUGUACAGUUUUAAGAAAUGAGGAAUAAGGAAAUGAGCUGUAAGUUUUAUUGAGCAUCUUGCAGAACCAGCCACCGUCCUUCUGGAGACUUUUGAGUGUCGCACUUGAUUCUUAUCUUUGCAGCAAAACCCAGCAGCCAUCAUUGUGUUUUUCUGUUGUUGUUUUUUUGUCUGAAAAGUGUCUCUUACCACUUAAUAUGCUGGUCUCUUUACUGACUAAAAUGUUUUUGUACUGACCCAAUAAUGUUGAAGUCAUAAAAUAAAAAUCUAUAACAAAGUUUGUAUUAAAAAAUAGGGUGCCUAAGACGUUUGCACAGUACUGUACUUAAAUGUGUCAUGAAAAUUGACAAAUUAAGUAAACAGCCUUAGCAAUUGUGCAAUUAAUAGAAAAUGAAGACCUAUGUCUAAGUCACUAGAAGCAAAAGAAAAUGUACUUAGUCAUAGGCUCAGCAUUUGCACAUUGCAUAGAAAACGACCUGUUUGCUUAAUUGGUCAAUAGAAUAAAACCACAUACUUGGAGCAUUUUAUUACCUAUUUUCAUUACAGUUCGGCCAAUUUUUCUACUUAACCAGAUUUGUUUGAAAUAUUUUCCCCAGAAGUAAGGAUGCUGCUACUGGGGGACUUCUCCAUUUAUUGCUCCAUUCAAUUGUUCCUCAUGUCCAAACAUCAUAAUUUAUUCUAAACAUCUCGUGGAAAUGUAUUAUGUUUGUACUGCGAUAAUGUUUUUUAGUGUUUGGAAAAGUUUUGUUGGCAGUGGGAAUGCUCUGAUUAUAAACUUUUCCAGCCACCAUAAUUGUCUUAUGGUUUAUGAGAUGUUAAAAAUUACUAUAUUACCAAACACUUUUUGCAGAUUGAUCACUACUUACAAUAAAUAUAAAACAUCUACACACCCGUGUUAAAAUUGCAGGUUUUUGCGACGUAAAAAACAAAGAUAAAUCAUCUUUUCUCACCAAUAAUGUGAAAUUGCAAGGUAUACAUAAAGUGAAAAACAAUCAACUUUUUUAGCGGGGAAAGAAAAAAAUAAAACUUAGUUACAUAAGUGUGUGCACCCCUAAACUAAUACUUUUUGAAGCAGAUUUAGAUUUUAUUACACCUCUGUCUUUUUGGGUAAGAAUUUAUCAUCAUGGCACAUCUUGACUUGGCAAUAUUUCCCGACUCUUUCUUAUAAAAUCUUUCUAGAUCCAUCAAAUUGUGAGGACAUCUCCUGUGCACUGCCUGCUGAAAGGUGAAAUUCCUUUUCAUCUUCAGCUUACUAAGGUUUUGCAAUAAAGUUAACUGGUAUUUGUAACUAUUCAUGAUUCCCUCCACCUUGAUAAAAACCCCAGUUCUACCUAAAGAAAAGCAGCCCUAAAGCAUGAUAUUGCCACCACCAUGCUUCACCAUGGGUAUGGUGUUCAUUUGGUGGUGUGGGGUUUUUUUUUUUUGUUUGUUUGCUUGUUUUUUUUGUGUACCAAACAUGCCUUUUGGAAUUAUUAUACCUUUUUGGAGUUGGUCUCAUCAAACCAUAAAACAUUUUCCCCACAUGGUUUGGGGUAAUUUAGUUGAGCUUGGAUGGGUUUUUUUUUUUUUAGCCACCCUACCCAAUAUCCCAGACAGUAAUCAGUACUUGUCCAAUAUUCCUGCAGCUCCUUUAAUGUUGCUGUAGGUCUCUUGGCAGCCUCCCUGGUAAGUUUUUGUCUUGUCCUUUUGUAAAUUUUGGAAAAAUGUACAAAACAAAUGACAAAAGCACCACCAUUUUCUCCACGGUGGUGCUUCUAACAGUGUUCCAUGCUACAUCUAAUGUUUUGGAUAUUUUUUAUACCCCUCUCCUGAUUGAUUCCUUUUGACAGUGAGACCCUGUACAGGUUUUUUCAGUUCUUUGUGGACCAUGACUUCAGCAGUCAGAUGAAACCAAGAUGUGAAGAAAAUCCUACAGAAACAGCUGAUCUUUAUUUUGUGUCAAUUGGAAUAAUUUCAUUGAUAACAGCUGUAUGAUAAUUACUUUUGAAUGUGAGCGUGAAUGUGAUUGGGUCAUUCUGAACACAGCAAUAUCCACAAUUAUAAAAGGGUGUGCACACUUAUGCAACCAGUUUAUUGUAACUUUUUUUUUUUUUAAAUCCUUAAAAUGUUUUUGUUUUUCGUAAAAUUUUUAGGUUAUAAUUUCACAUUGAGGCUGGAAAAAGUUCUGACGAUUUAUUUUGUCAAUUUUUUUAAUUAAACCAUUUUAAGAGGGGUGUGUAGGCUUUUUAUAUCCACUGUAGGUUAGUUCAAUUAGGGUUUUUAUGGAGCUCUCAUUUGGUGAACAGAAUUACAGGAUUGCUACUGAGAAGGAUAUUUGCAGUGCUGCCAUCACGUUGGAUAAAAUGUGAUGCCAUAUACUGCCUUUCAGAUGGAAAGCACAGGUUUAUGUGGCAGUUUAUGUGGCUUUGUCUGUGUUGAAUAUUGUGAUCUAGAACUUAUUAUGCUUAGUUGUUUAUUUAUUUUUUUAAAUUCUUCAUCAAAAUACUUGAAAGGAUUUCCAUGUGGUCAGCAACAUGAGCAUCUUAUACUGGAAGAGUCCACCCAUCUGUGUCCUCAAAGAGAAUCUAAAUAUGUGAUGGAGUUUUUCCAUCACAUACUGUGGGGCAAUGAGAGAGCUUUUUUUUUUUUUUUUUUUUUUUAAAUCUUUGAUAAACACAUGGUGUGUGUUUAAAAUAUUUAAAUACAGGCAUCCCGUACAUUGAAUACUGAAACCUGGACGGUUUUUGAUCUAGUUUUCAGUAUAAUUAUUUUUUUUUGCAUUUUGUCAUCAGUGACUUGUUUUAGCAGCCAAAUCAUAGCACACUUAAUUUUGUGCACCUUGGUUUUUAAAUCCUUCAUAUUUUCUCCAACAUAAGACCUGAAAGCCAUCCCAUGUGACAUUUUAUGUCAAGCUUCUUGUGAUUCUGUGAAGGCUUAGUGUUUCUGUGAGUAUGAGAUUUAUUUCCCACUGUGAAGCAGCAUUUGUGAUGAUGUAUCUUGUUUUUCUCAUGCCUUUUAGAUUUAUUUGUAGUGUUUACAAAAUGGACCUUGAAUUUGUUUAUUUCCAAAGAUAUAUAGAUAAGAUGUUUGCUGGACAUUAUUUUUUGUCUCUGCCUGCAUCUUGCUGCAAGUGGUAUGUUGUUCUGAUUAGACACAUUUUGGUCAUUCUGAAAUCCCUGAUGACAUUCAAGGACCUAGUAAAUAUUUAUUUACUUUCAGAAAUUAGUAUUGAUGGACAUGAAAAGAGUGCUUGCAUUGCCUAAAGCAGUGUUUCCCAAUUCUUGUUCUAGGGCAUUAUUGAUUAUCCUACAGUAUCUGCACAAUGGUGCAUUCAGUCUGUUACUACAAAAAGCAUGAUUUAAAUGCAUACUUGCUGUUGUUUUUUCUUGGGAUAAGAACUUUAAGAACCCUCUUAACUGCACUGAAAUAAACUGGGUUUAGUUUAGACUGUAGUGUCACUGCCAGGGAGUCAACUUGCCAGCUUCUAGCAUGUAACACUGACAUGAAGUUAUUUGUCCUGUUGUCUUCUGACGGGUAGAAGUGACUUAACUUUUCAUAAACGUUUGUAGUCCUAGAAGCUGCAUGCUGUCUGUCCAUCAUAUAAUUCAUACCUGACAUUACUUGAAAAGUGUGUACUAAUGCUUUCUUUCAGCAUCUCACUUUCACGGUCACGUUAUUACUAAUAUUUUCCCCUGUAACAAAUGCACAUUAUUGUAUGAGGUCAAACUUAAUUUUAUUCUCACAAAAAAUUUUUUACAACUAUAUUUCAAUAAUUGUUUUUAGAAGAUUAAAUUUUACCCUUAAUUAGCUAAAUCUUUACAUUGCAAGGUAUAAGGUUUUUUUUUUUUUUUUUUUUUUUUUUUUUUUUUAAUGUAUCACCUGUUAAGUCCAGAAAGCACUGUGAUGGUCACUGCUCCCUCAAUGCAUUAAUUUUCUGUAAGUUUUGAUUUAUUUAUUUGUUUUUUUAAAAAACACUUUUUAUUUUACUGUAUGUAGUAAGAAAGCAUAACACUCAAGUUAUUACAAUCCAGAUGCAUAUUAUUUGUAUAAUAUUAUGAAAAUAUUUUUUAUAGAUAUUUUCAUUUACAAGUGGUUUCCCAUUUUAUAGUCAUUGUGUGCAUUCCAAAAAAAAACACUCAUAAUAUUUAUAUAUAUUUAUUUGUGUGGGUGUGUGUGUAUGAAUAUGCAAUGGAGUCAGACCAGCUUCAUUGCGUUUGGCUGUGCCUUCACUCUCUUUCUUUGAUUGGUUGUUGAAGUUUCAGAGAACCUUCAGGGGACCUUCAGGAAGCACUCUGAAGAGGCAUGUGUUAUUGGAUAGGGAACAAUGACAGCGAUGACACUUUACACACUUACUUGAGCAAUGAUAGCGAUGAAAUUUACUUUGUGCUCUUGGAAGCCAAUCAAAACAAUAAAAUAAUGAAGAAUAUUGUGUACUUUAAAAAUAAAUAAAUAAAUGAAAUGUCUACUUGGAAUUUGUACUGUUUAUUUCUAUUCAGCUUCCUCACCCUUUGACCUGUAAUCAUUUGUUCUAUUUUUUUUUUAAUUAUGUGAAAUAAAGAUGAAUAUGAACAUA